AUGGAUCCAGAGCUACAGAUGCAAGUUCUGCAGCAACUAGGGAUCGACGGCAUUCCACAGCAGCUGCUGAUAGAUGCAUUGCAAUCAGUCGAAGUCCCCGCUCUAAACGUGACCGAAAUAGGGGAACUUGUGGUCGAGUUCCUCAGAGAUGUAGCGGUCAACUCGACCGUCGUGGCCGACUUGCUUCGCUUAUAUGAUGACUUGGGUAUCUCGAACCCUCUGCAGCCAGGAGGGUUGGAUGUGGUGGGGCUGGACGUGAUAUUGCAACAGUUUGAAAUUUUAGCGACGCAGUAUCUCGCUAGCACCACGUUUAGGAAUGUGUCGGCACAGUGUCUGGAUGAUAUGCAGUUGUUCUUGUCUGAUCUGAUUGCACAAGAAACCUAUGCUAAUCAAAUGCUGAAUUCCUACGGCAGUAUUCCAACUCUCAAUGAUUUACAAUUGUCCUACAAUGUCAGGCGGUAUGGUAGUAUUGAGGAGUGUCAAUACGUCAAGGAUUGGAACCCGACUGCCCCGUUCGAAACGGUGUCUUGUACGGUCGGGUACCCUUUACCCAUUGGAGGGGCUUACGGCUAUAACGGUAUUUGUGUUCCUGCCUCAUGCUCCAAUGAAGACCUAUUUGAGAUGACCGAGGAAAUCCCACUGGUUGGUGAAUAUUUGAUGUAUGAAUGUAUUGUCGACUAUCCUUGGAACUUAGGUGCAAUUGUAACAGUGUGUAUUUGCUUCGCCUUUGUUAUGCUGGUAACCAUAGGAACCGCGUACCACAUGUUGGCACACGGGAGCAUUCAGGGUGUCAUCUCCAAGACGGUUGAGAUGUUAGAGAAGACAAAGAGUCCCCCAGUAGUGCACACUGUUUACCAGAAACAUCUGACGUACGGCACGAGCAACAAGGGAUUUGAACCAAUUGCUGAGGAAACCGUGGAGUUCGAGAAAGGACAGACAGAGGACAACGAAGACAGAGAAUCGGUUAAGAAAGGAGAGAUGAAUUCUAGUGAUAAGAAGCUCGCUGCGACUAACCCAGAAGAUGAUGAUGAUGAUGAGGUCGCUGUAUACAAAAACUAUCUGAAGAGACUAGGUUUCGUUGACAGACUCCUGAUGGGUUUCUCGUCCAUCACCAACGGGGCCAAGAUUCUCAGCACCAAGGAACCUGCAGGGAGUCUAGGGGCACUCAAUGGUAUUCGCGUCAUCAGUAUGUUCUGGAUCAUUCUCGGACAUACUUUACAGUUUCAACUUUCCUACAUAGAAAACCCCCGGUACCCUCUGAUGGAAGUUGUUCCCACCUUCAUGUUUUCCAUUGUUCUCAACGCUACACUAUCCGUGGACACAUUCUUCAUGCUCAGUGGCCUACUCCUGACAUACCACACCCUAAAACACCUGAAGAAAACCAAGGGCAGAAUGAACUGGGCCAUCUUCUACUUCCACAGAGUCUGGCGCAUCACCCCAACCUACAUGAUAUCAUUGGCAAUAUUCGCCAGUCUCGCUAUUCACUUCGGCACGGGACCAACCAAGAAUUCUCUAUUCGAGUACGUGGGGAAGACGUGUCAAGAUUAUUGGUGGACCAACCUGCUGUAUAUCAAUAACUUAUACCCGUUCCCUGGUACUCUGAAUGCACAGUGUAUGGGCUGGUCCUGGUACUUGGCAAAUGAUAUGCAGUUUUUUGUCAUCAGUCCAUUUCUACUUUAUCUCUUGUACAAGAAAGCAAGAAUUGGUCUUGGUGUGAUUAUUGCACUGUGUUUUGGUUCAAUUGGUGUAACAGCUUAUCUUGCUCUGUACUACGGAGCGCCAGUUGGAGUGCACCCAUUUUACAACAACAAUACCCUAGAGGCGUAUGGCACCGAAGCUGCGGACAUCAUCUAUGGCAAGCCGUAUUGCCGCAUACAAUCAUACCUGGUUGGUAUGAUAGCUGGAUAUGUAUUCUUCAAGAUCGGUGGCAAGCCCUUUAAAAUGAACAAGCGGGUGAACGCUCUAUUGUGGUUGACAGCUUUUGGUAUCGGAUUCAGCGUUGUUUUCGGACCAUGGAGAGAGGAUAACGAUCUUCCACAAUCACUAGCAGUCAUUUACAUUGCAACGAGUAGGUUUGCAUUUGCAAUUGCUGUGGCGUUGGUGGCGUUUGCUUGCGUUGUGGGAUAUGGAGGACCAAUUAAUGCCCUACUGAGUUGGCGUGUUUGGGCUCCCCUUGGCCGUUUGACCUUUGCCGCCUACCUGCUUCAUCCCAUUAUAAUCUUCGUUGUCUAUUUGACAAAAAACUCGUUGUAUCACUUCACCUACAUGCAGUAUGCAUAUACGUUUGUUGCACACUUGGUUUUCUCGUACCUGGCUGCCUUUCUCUUCUCCAUCUUUGUAGAGGGACCGAUGAUGGGCCUAGAGAAGACUUUACUCGGCGGAGUAGCCGCCAAAAACAAAUAA